AUGCCCACAUGCGCCAAGCGCCAGCGCAGCGACAAGCAAAAGGUGAGGAGGGCCCAAAGAGAGAAGUUCCAACGUCAGACCUGUCAGAAAUUGCCAAAGAGCCACGAGUGGCUGCAUGGAUUGGCGCCCGAUGCAAAGGCUGCGCUCGAAGGUUCUGAGCGUUUGACGAUGCAAGAAGCUGCAGGGCUCAGCCCAAUUGUUGGACAGGUUCUGGGCCGUGGCAGCACUUCCUCAGAAUGCAUUGCGAAAGUUGAUGGUGCCUGCACUCCAGAGCAGCUCCUCAGCAUUGACAGCGAGAUCCUUUACCAGAGACUUUGUGAAAUGCAAGCUCUCAAGGAAGAAGUUGCUCGCCACAUGUUGCUUCUUAUGGAUACUUUGGCGCAGCGCAAGUUUCUCUUUGCAAAGAUUGUGAAGCAAGAUUGUGAGAGUGUGAAGAUCAAAGAAGAACCAAAAAUUAAGGAAACUUUGGCGCCAGCUGCUGCUGCACAAACUAUGCCUGCAGUGGCUGCUGCAAACGCGCAGCACUUGGAGUACAUCCACGAGUGUGUGGAGGCCAUCAAAAGCCACCCUGUCAUGAAGGAUGUGGCGACAAGUGAUCCGGAGUUUGGAAAGCCAGCUGCGGGCGCUGGAAAUUUCUUCUGGGUGGAUUUGGCUUUGGACCCAGCAGUCGCGCACACCGCAAUCAAGACCAGGAAGUGCCAUGAGAUUGCAGAGCGCUACUACAACACCCCGAAGCCUUUGAUCUCCGAGAUUGUGGUUGGCGUUCCAAAAUCCUUUGCCCAAGAGAAGAAGAAAGUGGUUCCAGCCCCAGGCUUUCUGCGCAGGGUCUCGCCGCCUGAGCCUCUUCACGCCUUGAUCAUGGCAAUUCACAAGGAUGUCAAGGAGGAAAAUGUCGAGAAGUUGCAGCAAUGGCGGGGCAUCCUUUUGAAUACCUUGCUGAGCUUCGAAACCGUUGAGGCUGACGCUUCCUUGCAUUUCAAGAACACUCAGUUGAGAGAAAAAAGUGGCAUCGAGCAUGAGCUGAUUCGUCACUCAAGCCUGAGCCGCUGCUUGGAUAUUGUCAACUUUUCAUCCCGCACGCACGCUGCCGCUAAGAGCAAGAAGCCCGACAAGGGCAAGGCUUCCUGGGCCAAACAAGUCAGUGAAGCCUACAAUGCGGAUUUGGUCAUGUCCGAGUUGUCAGAAAAGGUGACAGAGACCUGGGUUGACAGGGCUUUGGCAGUGAAUUCCAGGAUGCUGACAAAGUCGGCUGCGAUAGUGGAAAAGUUGCUUUACUUGGACGACGCCUAUGGUGUCAAAGGCCCCCUGGAUAGCAUUCACAAAUUGCAUGCGAUGCUUGCCAAGGCAGGCACUGGCCCCUCCAGUGUCAAAAAGCUUGAGUGGAUGGUGCUGAUGAUCGCUGACCUCUUUGAGAAUGGAGCGUUGGAUGGAGACCAGACCUCCAAGAGGGAACUCACAAACAGGCUGUGCGAUGUGCUCAUUGCCAAGCACGAUGUCAGAAGUGAGCUUCUGAAAUGGGAUGAAGCGACAGGGGUGCAGACACAAGCGCUCCAGAAACUUCAGGAAGUUUCAGAGAAUUUGGAAAAAUAUCGCAAAACAUGUGGGUACUCUUGGUUGCCGGCGAAGCAGCAGCCCUCUUGUGGCUGGCGAGCUGCUUUCACACCAUCAGCUGACCUUUUCAUGACACUUCUCGAUGGACUUGUCUUUGGCACCACGUUUGACGAAGUCAUUGCCACCUGGGUCAGGAGCAAGAAGGCUUUGGCAGACCUUUUGAAGAUGAGCCCAUUGUCGGAGUCCUUGGAGGAAGUGGCAGAGAAGAUUGAGGACAGAGAAGAAAAAGGCAGCUCUGAAGCCCAGCCCGAUGAUGAGAAGACAGCUGAUGACACAGAGAUGGGUGAAGCUGGAGAUGAAAACAUGGCGUUCGGCAUCGAGUCUGAUCAGGGUGUGAUGGCUGUGUACUCUGAGCUUCAAGCCAGUGGAGACCAGAAAGACAAAGAGGAUUUCCAGAAGCUGGGGAGGCACAUGACCCAGGCCCGCUCUCUCGUGAACACUUAUGUGGUCUUAAAGAGUGAGACAAUGGGCGACGAUGACUUGCUGAAGACUCUCAAAGAGUCUGUGGCGGGCAGCAAGUCAGGAGAUGCUGAAAAGAAGACUUGCACCUUGAUUUGGUAUGACCAAUGCGACGCUGGGGAAGCAACGGCCCAGCCGCAUCUUCGCACACCAGGUUUGCGCAAUAGAGGGGCGCACCUUCAGAGGUUCAUCAAGCUUUGCCAGCAGCGUAAAGACCCCAACCAGGACAUCAGCCCGGAAGACAUCUACUGUUUGUGUGAUGCCGGAAAAGAAGGCAACAAGUCUGCGCUGCUCUCCUCCUUCCUGUACGCACCUCAAGAGGAUGAAACAGGCAAGCUCCAGAAAGCCCAGCCAUGCAAGAAGCAUGUUCGGACUUGGAUAGCCAGCAUCACCGAGGGCAGCCUCACUGAAAGGCUUUCCAAGGUUCGAGGGUUCUCUUCCAUCAACCAGGUUCAGAGGCUGUAUCUGGUGACCAAAGGCUUCCUGACCCUGAACGAGCACCAGCGCCUCCACACAACUGGUGCCAGCAACCGCGGGAACUUCAUUGGGCCAUUUGCGGUGGAGAACUGGGAGACAUCGGACGGGGAGGCUGUGUGGAGGCUGCGUGUGAAGGAGAAGUUUGUUCUCUUUGGGAAGCAUGGUGCCCGCAUCCCGGUGGGAGGCACUGCCGAUGGAGAGGAUGACACUGAUGCUGAGGAUGAUGCAGACAUCCCUGACGUCAAGAAGAACAAGCCGCGUGACAAGAAUGACACAGAACCCCUGUUGUUCCACAGCCCACCAGCUGCUUUUGGUCGAGGAGAUCACGCGCAGUGUCGACCCGGCGACGGCCGAGUUGCUGAGCUGUGUUUGGAAAGGCGUAUCCCUUUCUUUGGCCUGUGCUUCACUCCAGAGCACGUGACAGCUUUGACUGCUCGCCUGGAGGCACGGGUCUUUUCAAGAAUGCAGAAUGACAAGAGCCGCCUUUACAGCCCAACUUUGAAAGUGAUCCUGGACAAGAACCAGAACGAGCCUGAGAACAAUGACAAGGCUGAACCCAAGCCUGCGCCCAAGCCCAAGCCGAAGGGGCCUAAGAGGAAGAAGGAGGAAGGCGGCGCUGAGGAGAAGGUUGAAGAGACUGAUCAGAAGAAACCUCGCGGCGCUGGCAAGGGAAAGGGCAAGACCAAGAAUGACAAGAAGGACGAUCCUGCCACUGAGGGUGCUUCGGCAGGUGCUUCGACUCACUCGGACGUCUUGGCCGAACUGAAGAAGUUGGCAACAUCUGCGAUCGACUCGUGA